AGACCAUCUGAAUUCUGUAACGUAAAAAUAAUAAGAGGCGUGUAAAGUUGUUGCCUUUGUUAUUGCAUGAGUGUUGGCGUCACUAUGGUGUAUUCUAUGAAUCUACUCAUUUUUUGUACAUUGUUUUAUUUAUUAAUUCUGUUCAUUUUAUUCCCGGACGACACGGGCGUUUGUACAUUCAAAACACGCGCCAGUGAACGCAGCACGAAUACAUGUCUUAGCUCCGUGUUACAUUCACGCCUCGAGUGAUUCACGUCUCUAAAGACGAGGAAACGCAGCCCGAACGUGUCAGAUUUGACACUAUUUGUAAAGGCAGUCUCACGGAGGGGACGAGUGCUUUUCGGGCUGACAUGCCCGAUUCUGGAUCCAAGUUUUCGGACCCUCAGCAUUCACAGAGACUGCUCCAGGUUCUUCGCACCUUCUGGCAGGAGCAGAGUUUCCACGAUGCCCUGCUGGUUGUCGAUGGGGAGGAGCUUCCUGUCCAGAAAAACAUCCUGGCUGCUGCGAGCCCUUACAUCAGGACCAAGCUGAACUACAACCCUCCAAAGGAAGACGGGUCUACAUACAGGAUCGAGUUGCAGGGUGUCUCCAUGGACACCAUGAAACAAAUCCUCGACUUCAUCUUCAGCGGUGAAAUCACUCUGAGUGAAGACACCAUCCAGGACAUGGUGCAGGCGUCUGACCUGCUCCUCAUGACCGACCUCAAGCUGCUGUGUUGUCAGUUCUUAGAGAGCUGCAUCACUGCAGAGAACUGCCUCGGCAUCCGCCUCUUCUCCCUCCACUACUGCCUGUACCACGUCCACUAUGCCGCCACGGAGUUCCUGCAGACGCACUUUCGCGACGUGGCGCUCACAGAGGAGUUCAGGGAGCUUCCGCCGGAGCGGCUCUGCGAGGUGCUCGCCAUGGAGAAGCUGAACGUGGGCAACGAGAAGUACGUGCUGGAGGCUGUGGUGCGGUGGUUGGCACAUGACCCACAGGACCGUAAGGUGCACCUGAAGGAAGUGAUGUCAGCUGUAUGGCUGCAGGGCCUGGACGCCAGCUACCUGAGAGAGCAGGUACUCCACCUGCGACAUUAAACCUGUGGUAAUCAU